AUGCCAAACUUUGUAGCUCCAGAAGUCAAAAAAUUUGUGACUUGGGACUAUAUUGUUUUUGCAGCACUAUUUUUAGUCUCUGCCAGCAUUGGAGUCUUUUUUGCAGUUAAAGAGAGGAAAAAGAAAACUUCAAAGGAAUUUUUGGUGGGUGGUAGGCAGAUGACAUGUGGACCCAUAGCUUUUUCUCUUACAUCAAGCUUCAUGUCAGCAGUGACAGUCUUGGGGACACCCUCCGAAGUGUAUCGUUAUGGGGCAUCCUUUGUGCUCUUCUUUCUUUCAUAUACACUUGUCAUAAUUUUUACUUCUGAACUUUUUCUACCUGUUUUUUAUAGAUCUGGCAUCACAAGCACUUAUGAGUAUUUGGAGUUAAGAUUUAACAAGAUUGUCCGCCUUGCUGCAACAUUGAUUUACAUCCUCCAGACGAUCCUUUACACAGGAAUAGUGGUCUAUGCUCCAUCAUUGGCACUCAACCAAGUCACUGGAUUUGAACUCUGGGGCUCUGUAGCUGCAACAGGAGUUGUCUGCACUUUCUAUUGCACUCUGGGAGGAUUAAAAGCUGUUGUCUGGACAGAUGCAUUUCAAAUGGUUGUUAUGGUGGCUGGCUUCAUGGUGGUUCUGAUUCGAGGAACUAGUCUGAAUGGUGGAGCAACCAAAGUCUGGGAAGAUGCCCAUGAAGGAUCUCGGCUAAACAUAUUUGACUUUGAUCUUGAUCCUUUGAGACGACAUACCUUCUGGACAAUAGUUAUUGGGGGAACAUUUACCUGGCUAGGGCUCUAUGGAGUCAAUCAGUCCACAAUACAGAGAUGCAUUUCCUGCAAAUCAGAAAGGCAUGCUAAACUGGCACUUUACCUGAAUUUAUUGGGACUUUGGACAGUCCUAGUGUGCGCAGUAUUUUGUGGACUGGUGAUGUACUCUCAUUACAAGAGCUGUGACCCUUGGACUGCUGCUUUCAUUUCAGCUCCUGAUCAGCUCAUGCCAUACUUUGUUAUGGACAUUUUUUCUUCGAUGCCAGGAGUCCCAGGACUGUUUGUUGCCUGUGCAUUCAGUGGAACACUAAGCACGGUAGCUGCCAGCAUCAAUGCUUUAGCAACUGUUACAUUUGAAGACUUGGUCAAGAAAGGUUUCCCAAACAUCUCUGAGAAGAUGAGCACGUGGAUCAGCAAAGGCUUGUGUGUACUGUAUGGCGUCCUGUGCACUUCCAUGGCCGCAGCAGCAUCGCUGCUGGGAGGAGUCGUGCAGGCUUCCCUCUCCAUCCACGGGAUGUGUGGGGGGCCCAUGCUGGGAUUAUUUACUCUGGGAAUUGUGUUUCCCUGUGCUAACUGGAAGGGUGCUCUUGGAGGCCUCUUAGCUGGGAUCAUCUUGGCUUUUUGGACUGGUACAGGCUCUUUCAUUUACCCUGCACCACAAACAAAGUCCAUCCCCCUGCAGCUGUCUACCCUCAACUGCACCCUGGCUAACAGCACCGAGGCACUGUUAACAGUAGCUCCCAUGCUGGCUCCAGAGAGGCCUCUGCUGGCAGACACCUGGUACUCCCUGUCCUACCUGUACUUCAGUGCCAUCGGCUGCGUGGGCUGUGCCAUCACAGGGCUGUUGAUAAGCUUUAUAACAGGACCUAGUAAAGGAGAAGACAUCUCACCAGUGUUAAUUAAGCCAGUCUGUGACCUGUUUUGCUUUUGGUCCAAAAGACUCAAAAUAUUUCUCUGGUGUGGUGUGCGGCAUGACAACCUGGAGAUGGACUUUGAGAAAAAACUGCCUGAAGCUGCUGCAAAUAAAACCAGAACAGAUAACACCUUCAAGAACAAUACUAACAAAGAAAAUAACCACCAGAUCCGUGGUUACAAUUCUGAGGAAAAUUCAUAUACAAAUAUAAGCAGAGAAUCUCGCUUCUAG